AUGCAUGGCAUCUCCCCGGAUGUCAUCUGUCACAAACUCAGCAUCUCCCCUUCUUUCAAACCGAUUCGACAGAAUAGACGGUCCUAUGAUACCGAACGGUAUGAAGCAAUGAAGAUCGAAGUCGACAAACUUCAAGCGAUCGGGUUCAUCCGUGAGGCAUGUCCAAAGGAUAGUUUCCCACUACCAAGAAUCGAUCAACUGGUGGAUGCCACAGCCGGCCACGAGCUCCUCAGCUUUAUGGACACCUAUUCGGGCUACAACAAGAUCUUCAUGCAUCCUGCCAAUCGCAAACAUGCGGCAUUUAUCACCGAUAGAGGUCUCUACUGCUACAACGUUAUGCCUUUCGGCUUGAAGAAUGCGGGGGCAACAUAUCAACGCCUAGUUAACAAAAUAUUUGCCGAACUCAUUAGCACUUCGAUGGAAGUCUACGUAGACGACAUGCUAGUCAAAAGCAGGACUGCCGACGAUCAUCUUCAGAAUCUCUCCCUCAUGUUCGGCACCCUAAAAAAGUACAACAUGCGCCCGAACCCAAGCAAGUGCGCAUUCGGCGUCUCUUCCGACAAAUUCCUGGGCCUCAUGACUGCGAGGCAUCGAAGCUAA